GGAGGUGGAAAAAGAGCCGGUCGCUGUCCCGCCUUCGCCCCGCCCUACGGCGUCACCGCCGCCGGUUAUAUAACCCGGCCGCGCCGGUCCCGCCCGCACCCCGCCGGCCGCUCGCACCGGGCGCCAUGUUCGCCGUGAAGCCGAAAGCCGUCAUCGGCUUCAACCUCUACUGCGGCGGCUCCCCGGCGCUGGGGCCCGGCGGGCCGGGGCAGCGCCCGGAGCCCGCGGCCGCCGCCGCCGCCGCCGCGGAGCCGCCCCGCGACCGCUCCGGGGCCGCCGCCGCCCGCGCCGACCCCCCCCGCGCGCUGAUUGGCCGAGGCGCGGCGCCGCGCGCGCUGAUUGGCUGCGGCGCGACUCUAUGGCGCCCCGAAGAGGAGCUGGACGGCUGCGACCCCGAGCCCGAGCGCGGCCCCGCCGCCGAUUCGCUGCCCGGGACCCCCCCGGGGCCUCCGGACGGGCUCCGGCAGGACUCGCUGGAGCUCAUCAGCCGCUACCUGCGGGAGGUGGCGGGGGAGGCGCAGCCCAGCGCUAAGAAGCUUUUUCCGGGGCUCCUGGGUGGUCCCGGCCGGCCCGGCGCGGCGGGGGAUGCGGUGAUGGAGAAGGCGCUGGAGACGCUGCGGAGGGUCGGGGACGGCGUCAUGAGGAAACACGAGCUCGCCUUUCAAGGGAUGCUGCGGAAGCUGCAGAUCCAGCAGGAAGAGGACCUGCAGGCCGUGGUGGAGGUGGCUGCCCACGUGUUCAGCGACGGGGUCACCAACUGGGGCCGGGUGGUGACGCUCAUCGCCUUCGGGGCCUUCGUGGCCAAGCACCUGAAGAGCAUCAAGCAGGAGCAGAGCAUCAGCUCCCUGGCUGGGAUCAUCACAGACGCCCUGGUGUCCUCCAAGAGGGAGUGGCUGGAGAGCCAGGGGGGCUGGGAGGGCUUUGUGGACUUCUUCCGCGUGGAGGACCUGGAGGGCAGCAUCCGGAACGUUCUGAUGGCCUUCGCAGGGGUGGCAGGCCUGGGGGCCAGCUUGGCCUACAUGAUCCGGUGAGGCUGGAGCUGCCCAGGACCAGACUGUGGGAGGACUGGCUCCCUGGGGCUGCACAGCUCCCUGCUCCCUCUGAAGCUGGACUUGAGUGACCCCAGGAGGACAUGGAGCUGUCCCCGGAGCUCAGCUCGUUCCUGAGGAAGAGGAAGGUGUGAUCCCAGCUUGCGGGUGCUGAUGGAUGGAGGAUUUCUGGCUUUUGGAAGAGUUUUUCCUCCCUGCUUCCCUCACCAGGAUGGUGCUGGGGGAGCUCAAGUGGACUUUGCUUCACUUGGAUCCCAGAGGGAACCGUCUCCAGCAGCUCCUCCUGGGCUGGGCGAGGCAGCUGAGCCUGGAGCAGAUGUUUUGAGGGCUGUGGUUGUGGGUUUUUUUUUUUAUUUUUUUCUGGAAAUAGCACCUUCUGCUGCCACUGCUCUGCCUAAACUCGCAGCUCUGUUGCUCUGGAGCAGAAGCACUGCAUGCUGGAAAUGUUGUGCCAGCCUGCCCCUGCAGCCAGGUGCUGCCAGGGAGCGGCAGAGCUGUGCCAGACCCUGUGCCAUGGAGCUGGAGCCCUGCCCAGCCCCUUCCCUCCCCGUGGGGCAGGGGUUUGGAGGGGCUGGGGGUCACCCCCAGCUGUGUCCUGGCCCCAAACAGCCUUGGCUGCACACAGACAGUUCAGAAAUAGCAAGUGCAUUUUGUAAUUAUGUAAAAAACCCCCCAGGUGAGCUGGGGAGGAUGUAGAGAACCUGUAAAUGUCUAUAAAUCUGUAGAAUAUAUACAUUUUUACAGAGCUGACGAUACAAAAAAGGACGAAUUCAUUCUGAAUGUGGCUUCAUUCCUGAUGGGAAGCAGCAUUUUUGUGGCAAAGCCUUGACUCCACUCCAGCCUUUCCCUUGAGCAGCACGGCCAAGGGAGGGUGACAAGCAGCAGUGGCCUCGCUGUGACCACGGCUGGCUGGCAGCAGCUGAUGUUCCUGUUUGGUUUUAAAUCUUUUUUUGGUCCCUCUUGGUGGGGGUGGGGGAGCUGUGGAAGUUCAUUCUGGCCACUUCCUUCUCUCCCCUUCCUCCUGCUCCUCCGAGCCGCGAGCUGGACAGAGCUGAUGGUUGAAUGUAGAAUGUCCUGGGGCUGCUCCUGCAGCUCCUUCAGGGCUCCCCACAAGGUGACUUUGAUGCCCAAGGGGCUCCUUGCCCACCCCUGGCUCUGGGGGGCUGCACUGCUGGGACCCCAGGGGACUGUCCUUGUCCCCAGGAUGUCACCUGGAGCCUGGGCCAGGCCCAGCUCAGCCAUGGUGCUACAGCCAGGCCCUGCUUGUGUGCAAAACAAGCUGUAGUUUGGUCAAUAAAUGUCUUUUUGUUCUCA